ACUAAUUCGAAGAAAAAUAUAAAAAUAUACCUUUAUGGAAAAUAUCAUUAUGCAUGUGGUUGAAACAAUACCGCUAUGGAUAUUAUCUCCAAUCAAAUAAAAGAAACAAGAUGAAGUCUUCUUAUAUCUCACCUUUGCCCGGCCAAAGAUGAUGGCGAUCUAAGUUGGGUUGAGAACCAUGAAUCCAUAUAUUCUGUUAUAACUCCUAACACUACUGUGUAUUAAUGAGGAUGUAUGUGCACAAUCGAGCUAGCUACCUAUAAGAGCACUACAUAUUUGUAUCCCACGAUUAGAUACUAACUGAGUUGAAUGAACCAAAAGUGUUGUGAAAGAUUAAUUUGAGGUAAGUUACAAAAAGAAAAGAUUAAUUUGAGAUGUGACAUCACUAAAUCAAAAUUAAAAAAAAAGAUGUGUUCUCGAUGAUUGAUUUCAAAGAGUUAUUUGAAGUUUCUUAUUUUAUAUACGUUUUAUAUGAAAUCAUUUUUAUGUAUUAAAAUUUAUAUGUUUUAAAUUUAGUAAUUGUUUCAUUUUUAUUAUAUAUCUUUUAGUAAAAUAUAAAUAAAAGUAAACUAUAAUUAUAAAGUUAGCUAAAAAUCAUUUAAAAAAGAAAUGAAAUUAUUUUUGAAUAAUGGCAAAUAGAUAUAAUUAUUUUAAUUCAUUAAUGGUUUUUAUGUAAUUAAAAAUUCUGAAAUUUAAUGAGAGUGAGCCACAUAAAAUACUGAAUUCUCAAAUAAUAUAUAGAGAUAUAUAUUUAAAAAUAUAUUAAAAUUAAUUAGAUUGCUGUGAGAUCUUUUUCUUAAUCAUCUUUUAUUUUGAAAAAAUAUAAUUUAGGUAAAUAUUUUUUAGUAGGUAAAUAUUUUUUAGUAGUGUUCAAAGUAUGAAAUUUAACUUACUAAAUUAUCUACUCAUCUAAGUCGUUCUUAUCUUGACAGAGUAACUUUUAAAACUAAUAAACAUAAAAUGAAGUGAGAAUAUUUGAGGAUCUAAGUGUUUCAAAAAAUAAUGAAGUGAGAAUAUUUGUUCCUUAUAUUGUCUUUUUAAUUUAGAUAUGCAGUUUAUGGCCAGAUUUCUUACUUCAUUUGGCUAAAGUGCUUACUAAAAUUAGAUUUUUUUAUUAUUGCAUGUUACCUUUUGAUUCACUGAAUCUUGGGAAAAAAAGAUUCUUGUUUGUUGUAUAAAUUUGGGUCUACCUCUAUGUUUACAAAUGGGUUUUGGACUCUUAUUUUUCUUAUUGUUUUCUAUGAUCUGAUACUAUAGAGUUAGUUUCUGGGACGGCGAUGCUCUGAUCACAAAAACUCUUACAUUUCAAGGUAAAAUCGUUUUCUAAGGCCGUAGACAUCUUUUCUCUUAUUGAAGUUUUUUUACCUUCUCUCUUAUUGAAGUUUUUUCUCUAAAAAUUAUAUUCAUCACUAAACUCUGACAUAUAGCAGGUGAUAUCAUUUGAUUGGAUUCUGCCAAAAUGGAUAAUAACUGGAAUUUUAAAACCUUGGGGACUGGUCCGCGGGGAGCGAUGAGCAGACUACCGGUUAGUGCUCCUUUGAGCCAACAAGGAUCACUAUACUCAAGGACACUAGACCAGAUUCAAAACAACUUAGGGAAAGAUUAUGGGUCAAUGAACAUGGAAGAGUUUCUUAUGAGUAUAUAUAAUGCUGAAGGAACACAAGGCGUAGCUCCAACUAACGGUGUGAACGAGGGAUUACAUAGGCAAGGGUCAAUAACUCUGCCUAGAAUACUUAGCCAAAAAACUGUUGAUGAAGUUUGGAAAUAUAUCACAGAGGAAGAACACACCCAUAAUGAUGGAGGAAGAACAAAUAUUCCUCAGAUUCAGAGGCAGCCAACUUUAGCAGAUAUCACUCUGGAAGAUUUUUUAACCCUUGCUGGGGCCAUUCUUGACCCAUCAUCGAUUUCGGGUAUUCCAAACACAAGUUUGAAUGUGGAGUUUCAGCAGAAACCAAUGGUUUCUGAUGUGUUGGGCAAUAUUAAUACUGUUCCAAUUAAUAGAGUUCAUGGUUCUUAUUUGCAUCCAAAUGUGAAUGGGUCUACCUCAGCAUAUAAACCGCGACAAGAACAACAACAACAACAUAACCCGUUUCAACCGCAACAACCUAACAUGUCGAAACCACAUGGUUAUGGUUAUGGAACACACGUCGCAUUUACGAGUGGUCAGGUUAAUGCUCAUGGUAUAAGAGAUAGUUACAUGGAAAGUGGAGACCAAAGUCACCAAGAAAAUAACGUAACUUUGGUCCAAAGCGUUGCACCAGUUCCUGGUGGAGCCAUGAGUGUAGAAGUAUGUUCUCAAAUUACGCCAUUUCCAGUAUUAGAUGGGAUGCCGAAGAUUAAUGCUGGUUCAUCAAUAGUGUCACCAUUUCCAUUCACCACUACUGUAAGUAAUAGCGUGAGGGAUAGGAACAGGAACAAUGGCAUUGCCGCGGAGAAGAAACUAGUGGAGAAAACGUACAGGAGAAAGAUAAAGAACCGUGAAUCAGCAGCACGAUCACGAGCUCGAAAGAUGCUUCAAACUAUGGAGCUUGAAGCUGAAGCUGAAAAGUUAAGGAAAGAGAAUCAUGAGCUACUAAAAAAGCAGGCAAAAAUUAUGUCGGAAAUGCAAACCGAACUGGGGAAAAAGAUAACUAACGGAUCUAGGAAACGGCUGAGGAGAACGAAAUCGAACAUCCAGUGAUCAGUAGUAGGGUUGGAGGAUUAUAAAUUGCUGUGUUCUUCAUAUUAUGUUUCUGCUUAUUUAUGACCAAAUUAGCUGCUAUUUAUUAGUCGCUGUGACAUUGUUUUUUCUUUGGGGUACCGUUUGACGAUCAUAUGAUUGUCAUGGUUUAAGGACCUAUAAAAAAUCUACUAUUUGCCAGAGACAAAUAAUAAUUAGUGACAUUGCUUUAUUAUUAUGUAUCAAAUCCGUUUUAAAUAGA